GUAGACCGUCUCGCCGACAGGAAUAAUCGAAUCAUAAGAUGGAGGAAUCCCUGGAGCGUGGUGAGGCGGGUGCGGGGGGUGCGGGGUUCGACUCCGCGGCCAUACUCAACGACGACGUCUCUCCCACCACCAGCUUCUGUUACAAUAUACCCAACUUGUUCAACGGGCUAGGCCCCAGCUCGGUGCUGUGCGAGCGUCCGGAGGCCGAAGCGGAGUACCCCGGCCCGGGGGCGGAGCCCGACAACGACGGGGAACAACAGUACGAGGAGGACGAGGAGUACUCACCUAACUCAGGUUCCAAAAGCGAUGUGCCGAAACGAAAACAAAGAAGAUAUAGGACGACGUUCUCGAACGUGCAGCUGGAGCAGCUGGAGGCGGCGUUCCACAAGACGCACUACCCCGACGUGUUUUUCCGAGAGGAGCUCGCCAUGCGCAUCGACCUCACUGAGGCCAGAGUUCAGGUGUGGUUCCAGAACCGUCGUGCGAAGUGGCGGAAACAACAAAAGGCGGGUUGCGAGUACCCCCCGCGCGCCACCCGCUCCCCCGACCACCGGUCACCAUCCGCGCUCGCGUUGGAGAUGAGGGAUUUCAUCACUAUACCUGUAUCAUCGUCGCCUAUAAUAAGUUUAGCAGAAACGCCCGCACAGAACACAUACGCAAAGAUGAAGCAGACUCCCACCAUACACAUAUCAGCUUUACCGACGCGGCAGAACUCGCAAGUCGAACUACCCUCCUUCUCAAUCCCCCUACAAUACAACCUUGGGACCUUCAAGAAGAUAGGAGAAGACGUCCAGCUAGACCUAGAAGCUUCUACAUCAGAACACCACUGGGACGCGCGAAUGAUUCCGAACUUUAACGUAAUGAACAUAAAACCUAUAUUAGAAAACCGCGAAAACAUGGAUGUAAAAUAUGAAAUCAAAAAUGAGAAUAUUAAUAGAACGAAUUAUAACGAAAUGAAUACGAUACAGGCAAAUAUAGAAACAGAAGAUAUAUUAGGGAAGGAAGCAGUUAGCGAGGGACAGACUAUAUCACCAGAUUUUGAAAUCGAAAGGUACCAGAAUUACCACAGCGAAAACGAGAAAAGGUAUAGAGAGGGUAAUUUCGAGGAAUCCAUCAUUGAGGACGGAAGAAAUGAUUUUGUAUGCGACAAUGAUUUCCUAUGUAAGAAUAAUUACGAGAAGAUAGAAGAGAAGAGGAAUGAAUUUGAAGAAUGCCAUCUGCUAGAUGCGGAGAGUAACACAGUCAACAUCGCAAACUUCGAAAGUAACAUUUAGAUAGCAGUGUAAAUAUCUUAAAUUGUUUUAUAAUAUAGUAGAAGAUAUGGGACCAUGAAAGCAAUAAAUAUAGGGGAACGUAAAAACAGCAUAAAGGUUCAAGUUGGUAGCGGACACCGUAAUGCAUAAGCAAAAGACAAGUCUAUUAUAGUAUUAAGGUGAUGCCGCGUUAAAGUAAAAAGUCGUUUUGGAAAAUAUGUUUUAGAUCGCUUGUUUUCAAUGGAAAGGGAUUUUGAUAUGGAAA